UUACUUAAAACAAAAUAAUAUCGCCCCAAAUCCGUAAUUUCACAGGACGAAUAUAACAUUUUUAAGUCUCCAAAAAAUACCAGAUUGGGGUUCAAGCCGAGUUCGUUAAAGAUCAAAUUUUUAUUAACCAAUCUCUAAAGUCUUCAAUAAACCCAUUCAUAAAAGCAAAAGAAUUUUAUAUAUUCAGAGCUCGAUCAUGGCGACCGAAUGGACUCGAUUCGCCUUCUUGCUUUCGAUUACAAUGGCCUUCUCACUCUGUUUCGCCGAAAUUCGAUUCUCCGAGUUCCGAAACGAGACCCAGCCGAUUGUCCCUUUAGACGAGUUUGGAUUCACUCACAAGGGUCGACUCGAGCUCGAUGUUUCGAAGAUCUCGAUUUCCUCCGAGAACUCGGAAUCCAACCUCGCUAAUGUCGGAUUCUUCCUCUGUACGUUCGACUCGUGGAUCCAUGUCUACCAGCAGCUUGAGGAUGGUGAGGUCGACUGUGCUCUCAGAUCUGAUAUGGUGAAGAAGGUUCUCACGUUCACGUCUCCCAAAACUCCAACCGGUGGGAAGCUCGACAUUGUAUAUAAUGAGACCGAUGCGGAUCAGUACACACUCCUUUUCGCUAAUUGCAAUUGGGGGUCGACGGUCUCCAUGAAUGUACGGUCGGCGAUGUACAAUCUCGAUGGAAAGGGCAAUGUCCGGGACUACCUCUCCGCCGGAAAAACUGUACUCCCCAGGGUUUACUUUCUGUUCUCGUUGUCGUAUUUUAUUAUCGCCGGUCUUUGGGUUUACGUGCUAUACAAGAAACGACUCACCGUUUUCCGAAUCCAUUUCUUUAUGCUCGCUGUCGUAAUUCUCAAGGCGUUGAAUCUUCUUUGCGAGGCGGAGGACAAGAAGUAUAUUAAGCGCACUGGUAGUGCUCAUGGUUGGGAUGUGUUGUUCUACAUAUUCAGCUUCAUGAAGGGUGUCACACUCUUCACCUUGAUUGUUUUGAUUGGAACUGGGUGGUCCUUCUUGAAGCCUUACUUGCAGGACAAGGAAAAGAAGGUCUUGAUGAUUGUGAUUCCUCUUCAGGUUGUUGCCAACAUUGCCCAAGUUGUAAUUGAUGAGACCGCGCCAUUUGGGCUAUACAGGUUUAUUUGCAAGCAGGUGUUCUUUCUCGUCGAUGUCGUUUGCUGCUGCGCCGUGUUGUUCCCUAUCGUUUGGUCGAUAAAGAAGUUGCGUGAAGCUGCUAAAACUGAUGGCAAAGCCGCUGUCAAUUUGAUGAAGCUGACCCUUUUCAGGCAGUAUUACGUUGUGGUCGUCUGUUACAUUUACCUCACUCGUGUUGUGUCCUUUGCUUUGGAGAUUAUCACCUCCUACCGGUAUUUUUGGACCCGUGUAGUGGCUUCGGAGCUGGUCACUCUCGCUUUCUAUGUCUUUACGGGUUACAAGUUCAAGCCUGAGGCCCACAAUCCUUACUUUGUGAUUGAUGAUGAGGAAGAAGAGGCUGCCGCUGAUGCUUUGAAGCUCGAGGAUGAAUUUGAAGUGUAAUUCGCCUCGAAGAAGAUGGUGCAGGGUCCUGCUCUAUCCGAUAUUUAUAGGCAUUAUUGAGAUACAACUGGUACUAUGUUUUUUCUCCUUUCUAUGCUGUUGACUGAUAGACCACCUUUGAUGUAUGUGUAUGCUAGAAAGAAUAGGAUGGAUAAGGGUGAGGUGGGCAGUAGCUGAUUGUAACUUUUUUGGUUAGUUAUGCCAUUAGUUAGUUGGGGUGUGCCUGAUGUAGCUAGGGUGCAUGGUAAUGCAGUAGGGAGAGUAUUAAAGAGUCACUUGUGAGCUGAGAGGUGGGGCUGAUCAUUGGUCGGGUUACAAGGUAUUUUUACCCGUCUAAUGUCAUAAUCGGGUUAGCAAAAGUGACCCGUAACUUGUCCAAUUAAGAAAAGAAAAAAAUAACUGGUCCAAUAGGGUUGGUCGGGUUAACCCGUCCAAACUGAAAUGGUAUUUUUUUUUGGGCGGGUCGGUCGGGUCAACCCGCCCAAACAAAAGUGGUAUUUUUUUUUUUUUUUUUACAUUUUUGUAAUUUUUUUCUUUUAAAUACUAGUACUAAUAGUGUGAAGUUUAUCUUUUCAA